UUUCCGGCUCCCAGGCUCGGUCGAGGAUAAUAAAUGUUUGUGAGAUCUAUAAGUGCUUCGAGCUACGUUUAUCUUGAAACGCCGGCGUUUUAUAACGCUUGGAAGAGUAGUCGUUGGGUGGGGCGAGUGAACUUACGCUGUCAAAGCAGUAGAUCUCUGUAGCAGCGAGCUGACUGCAACGAGAUGAACAUCGCCGCUCGCUUUGCUAAAUCGCAUAGCUGCGCUCGUCUACUGGUGCCGUCAAAUUUCGGUAGGUUACUCAAGUGUGAACAAGUGAGAUCUGUCAGCCGUCUCCACAAGCAUCUUUCUAACAACGACGUCGAAGGCUGCUGGGAUGUUCUCGAUGAUCCGCCGAAAGAAUUUAACUUUUCUAGGGACAUUAUCGACUUCUGGGCGCACGAGAAGCAGAAAAGCACAUGUGGCGACACGCCGGGCUUCUGGUUUGCCAAGGAAAGCAGCAACGAGCCGGAUAUCAAAUACACUUUUGCUGAUCUCAGCCAUCUGUCCCGGAGGGUAGCUGGCUUUCUCAUGCACGACCUCGGGCUUGACAAAAACAGCCGGCUUUUGGUGAUCCUGCCGAAAACGCCGGAGUUCUGGCUGGUUCUCUUAGGAGCCAUCAGAUGUGGCAUAACCCUCACCACCUGCACUACCAUGCUCACCGCGAAGGACAUCAAGUUCCGGCUCGGCAAGUUCCAGCCCGACUGCAUCAUAGCCGGAUCGAACGAGAUGGCUGCAGUCGAUGAGGUGGUAGGCAACUUCGACUGCGUGCAGCACAAGGUUGCCGUCUCUAAAGAAGCAGCGAGAAAUGACUGGAAGCUGUUUGACUCGUUGCUUCGAAACUGUCGCGAGCAUGAGGGCGACGCGACAUACACGGAGGACCCGGCCAUAGUCUUCUUCACGAGCGGCACAACCGGUCCCCCCAAGAUGGUGGAGCACAAUCAGGGCUACUUUCUCGCCCACUUGUCCACGGCAUGCCACGUGCACAGUCCCGAGCAGCACGAUGUGGUGUGGUGCAUCGCGGACCCCGGCUGGGCGAAGGUGGCGUGGGGCACAUUCCCCACCUGGCUCAUGGGUGCCUGUUUCUUCCAGGCCCAGAUGCCAAAGUUCCUGUCCAGUGCGACACUUGCUGUUCUGCGGGACUACCCCAUCACCAAGAUGUGCGCCCCUCCCACCGUGUACCGUGCCUUGCUUCAGCAGGACCCCUCUCUGUUCCAGUUUAAAAGCCUUGUCGACUGCAUAUCCGCCGGAGAGCCUAUGAACCCAGAGGUGAUGAUGAAGUGGCAGAAUCUCACAGGAGUGGAGAUCAGGGAAGUGUAUGGCCAGACUGAAACGGUAGCGUUGUGCGCUUCACCAAAGCACCAUCCAAUCAAACCUGGCUCUAUGGGCAUUCCACCGAGGAACGUAUUGCUACAGAUUCACGACGAGAAAGGGAGAGAGGUGGCUGUUGGUGAGACCGGCCUCAUCGCCGUGGACAUCAGCAGGAAACGGCCGUUUGGACUUUUCGGUGGCUACAGGGAUGAUCCGGAGAGGACGGCCAACGUGUUUCGAAACGGUUUCUAUUACACGGGCGACCGUGCUUCCAUGGACGUCGACGGGUACUUCUGGUUCUACUCCCGUGCAGACGACGUCAUCAUCUCGGCAGGAUAUCGUAUCGGACCCUUCGAAGUCGAGAGCAUGCUCAUCGAGCACCCAGCGGUCGUGGAAUGUGCCGUAGUCGCGAGCCCCGACCCAGACCGCGGAGAAGUCGUGAAGGCCUUUGUCGUGCUGCACCCGGACUACAAGUCGCAGGAUCUCGAGCGCCUGGCCGAAGAGCUGCAGCAGCACGUCAAGAAGCACACUGCACCGUACAAGUACCCUCGCAAGGUGGAGUUUGUGAACCAACUUCCCAAGACGAUCAGCGGCAAGAUUCUGCGCCACCUGCUUCGCGAGAGAGAAAGGUUGGCCGCUGAACAGUGCCGAUAAGAUGGCCGUUGUGGUCUGGUGAGGGGCCCACGCCUCACCAGGCUUCUCUGCAAGUUUUGGUUACACGUUGGAAAUUUGUAAGGUGCUAUCUAGGGAGCAUUUUACCGAAGAAAUAUUUUAUAUCGGUUCAUUAUUGAAGGAGUUAGAAGAAAACCAAACUGUCCUGUUAACAUGCCCCCAGGAGGAGAGGACCACUGUCUACGAAGGCGUUCUGUACACCGCUCCCGGCAAGCAUCCGGGAGCGGUGUACAGUCACAAGCAGCCUAAGCUGAAACUGAAUAACAGCAGAAGAUAGGUACUGGUGGCGCGGCCCAACCACGAGUACAGAAAUCUGCGACGAGAUAAAUGUGUACGAGAGUGCCCUUCGUUGCUGCCGUGCGAGUCAACUGCUCUCGAACACCUGCUUUAUUUCGUCGUAGCUUUCAGUGUUUUUUAAUAUUGAAUAUUGAAAGCCUGUCCUUAGGCAUAGUACAACAAGGUUGUCAUGAUGUGUUUCUAAAUGUGACUUUUGGAGAACAACUCUAGAAACGGUCGUGGAGGAAAGACUUUAAUGUUGUUAUCCAUGUCUUCGUGGAAUCUUAGAUUUCACAUUGAUGCGUUUGUUCAAAUGGGUUUUGUAAAUCCUCAGUUUGACACGACCAGGUGCAUUUGUAUGCAAUUGAGUAACAGCGUGUAGCACGGUUCAAGCGCUUCAGACAAUUUGGAUGCGUGGAACUCGCAGCAAAUGCUAGUGCUUGUCACAAAGCCGUUUGUUUUGCUGCACACAGUACUUUAUGAGCCAAAAAACAGGUGCCUCUUGUGCUGUUCUUUCGCCAUGGUUUGGUUAACUCGGGCAUGACAAAUAAGCCGACUUUUAACAAAGCCACAAUGACAUAACGAGUACAUGACAUCGGUGAUGGAGAUAGGUAGGGGGUGAUGACAAUGAGACUGCAGUAACAGUGGCAUGGUAACAAUACUUCGCUGACAAACAUUUAAGGCUAAGAACGUACAAAGGUCCCCUAGGUGUCGCUGAAUUUAAAAGGGCUGUGGUGUUCAUCACCCCUGUUCGCUGUCAUGAAAGUUAAUACUUACCAAUUUCUUUGUGUUUUUUUAUUACUCUGAUGUAGCUUUGUUGUGCAUGUCCAGAUAUUUUAGUUAAA